GUUUGGACUGUGAUAGUCAUCUGAAAAAUCUGCUCCCAGAUUUCAGUAGCACUACAGCCCGCGUUCAGGACGGUUGAAACUGAAAAACGCAGCGAACGGGGAGAUACGCAUUGCGGGAAGCAACCGAAUGAAAAUCGAUAUCAUCAGGCUUGCUGCAGCGGCCCACGCAUUUAUGAGUCUUGCGUGAGCUUUUGCGAAAAAUCGUUCGUCGGCAGAGUUGGAUUCAGCACGUGCAGCCUCUGUGAUUACAGGAAACAUCGGAAACAUCUGAUUCAUUCAGAGAGAGGAAGUGGUGUCGUUCGGCAGGUCUUUUGCACUCGCACGAACGAACUUUGUGCUACAGGAGUAAUUUUCGUGAAUCAGCCUCGUCUCGUCUGAACAGUUUGUGAAUUUGAUUGAAACUGUGCUGACCGAAUAAGUGGAGAAGUAGAGAAGAUUUUGAAAAAAAAGUUUUUGCCUUUGAAAGUCAGCCGCUCUUCAAAAUGGGAGUGAAUGAUAGCGACAAUGAUGAGCUUACAUCAUCGACAUCCAAGAUGAAUCUGCAAAUGCUACAGAAAAUUUUCGUGAAAACCGAUCCUGAUUUGAUAAUCGAUUCGUAUGAAGAAGCAAAGGGCUCAGGAAGGGGAGACAACUACACGGCGGCCCUCUUCCGGCUGUCGCUGCGAGGACACCUUCGUGCCAACGAUGGGAAGAAAAAGCUGCGCUGGGAAAGAACAGUGAUUUGCAAACGACUUCCGGACUGCAGAAUCAAACGUGAAGCGUUCAAAAGUGAGGCCUUAUUCCGCAAUGAGGUUGCUUUUUAUAACACUAUUAUGCCCGAGAUGAUUGCAUUUCAGAAACGCAAAAGCAAUCACAACUCGGAUAUAUUCCUGGCAGUGCCGCAGUGCUAUUUGGCACAAGAUGAUUUGGUGAUGUUGGAAGAUUUGCGAGUUCGUCGCUUUACCAUGCCAGAUCGACAGGCCGGGCUUGGAUUGGAACAAAUGAAAGCAACGCUGGAGGAGCUGUCCAAGUUUCACGCAGUUAGUCUGGCCUAUAAACUACAGUGUCCGAAUGAGUUUGAAAGACUGACUGCAAAAAUUUCCGAAGGAAUCUUCUCCAAAGCCAACACCGAUUGGUACAAACAUUAUUAUGAUAUUUUGACGAAAAAUGCGAUUCAGAUGGUGUCGCAAACGAUCCCAGAAAAGGUGGAGUAUUUGGUUAAGUUGGAGGGGUUUUUGGAAAACUGUUUUGCCAAUAUGGAGGAACUGGUGAGCAGAGAAAGCAAACUUGCCGUAAUUUGUCAUGGAGACUGCUGGACGAACAACAUCCUGUACAAGUACGAUGAAAAUGGAUCAAUUAGCGAGACUUGCUUCGUCGACUUCCAGUUGAUCCGAUACGGAUCUCUUGCUUUGGACCUAGCUUACCUAAUUUACUGCUGCACGGACGCAUCAUUGCGCAAGGCAAAUCUCCAGAAUUGGCUUCAGAUCUAUCAUCAGCAGCUGGCAAAGUCUCUGAAGUUGCUCGGGUCAUUGCAGGACCUCUGUACGGAUGAAGCUGACCUAUUGUGCCAGAUUCAGGAGGAAUUCAAAAACUGUGCCCGUUUCGGACUGGGCUCGGCCAUGGAUAUGCUUCCGAUUAGUACCUGUUCGUCGGAGGAAGCUCCCGAUCUAUAUGUGAGUGGAUCGGACACAGCAGCAACCCCACCGGAGUUGAAUGUUCCGCCAAAUGAACUUUGUCGGAGAAAAAUGACUGAUAUUGUGCUGGAGCUAGUCGAUGGCGGUAUGCUUUAAUUACCUAAGAGCGUGUUUUCAAAAAUCUAGACAUAAAGAGUCGAAAAAAUCACAAAGAGAACAUCGGAGACUCAAUUUUUGAUCGUUUGGGCUCGUUUUCAGCUGUCUAAUCGGAUCCAAUUGAACAACAAUUUAAUUGCGCAGAGUCUACUAACAAAGACUCGACAUCUAUUUUUUGUUUACCAUUUAUCUAUCAGCACACUAAGCCAGCCAAAAGUUGUUCGGUAAUUUCUUUUGACGACUACAACAGUAAACAGGUACACAAAUCAUCUGUCAAAUCGCCAUUUUCAGAGGAAGCUACUGGCUGACCAGUAUUUUUUGACGUUUGGAUAGAACGGACUGCGGAGAGUUCGGUAACCGAAUUGUUUUACUGAAUUGUUUACCGAACGGUUUGCUGUUCAAAAAUCCAGUAAAAUUUUACUGUACCCAGUAAUUUAAAUUAAGUGUGAGUGUCAUUCCAAUCGAGCACGAAACCUGUCAUGGCCCUUGUUCGAGAAGGGUUCCAAGAGAUUUUCCUCGUAUAGACUUUUCUACGGCUCAUGUACGUCUACGCCACAUGACACAAAUACUACUUCACUAGCUGGUGGAACAAAGACGGCAAAAAUAAAUGAGAUUGUUUUCAACCAAUAAGCUGCAUUGGUGUUCAUGAGACCGGCCGACAAGAACUCAAUUGAAUGCUAUUGAUCAAAUCCGAGGUGUACAGGUGUCAACAUCUUUUUCCAAGUGUGUGUGCGGCUGUCACUUUUUCGAGCGAACAAGAAGAUAAUAAGGAGAACACAAAGGCACGUGCUUCCUUACUUCCCUCUGGUUGGUUAGUGAUGUAAAUAUUUAACUUUCGCGGUCCUGGCCGCCAUACUUAUUUUCGCUAUGUACUUGCUAACUUCGUUUCGAUUGGCCGGUUUUGUUGAUGUUAUGUUUCGCGGUACCGGACGCCAUGAUUGAUUUCACUAUCAACACUAUCAAAUCCUUCUCGCAAGACAGAUUUCGUGCCCGAUUGGAAGGACAGAUAAAUGGUAAACAAGCGAUUGAGAUGGUGAAACUUUAUUCAGACAUAAAGCAUCGUUAAUCCUGAAUGUCAGGGCAUACGUUGCCAAAACUGCAGUUUUUCUUUCCGCUGUUCUCUUGCUCUGAGUUUUUCUAUUAUAGACAUAUAUUACUGUUGGCUGAGAGAAUACUCUUCGGAGGCAUACUUUAAUCUCAUGUGAUAGAACAAUAAAAUUGAAUCUUAACCAUAA